CUACAGGUCUACGCAACUAAAAUAUCCCUCGGAGGAACAAUUUGGAUUAAAGAUUUGCUAAAAACUAAGAAGAGAUUGCUCGGUUGUUAAACAUAGCAUAUCGCAGCCGGAAUUAACCGUGCAAGCACGGUGAGAGUCACGAGAAGGGUUACAGCGACACGGAUAGAGCUGCGGCGACGAAAUAAACAGCAGCAAAAGAAAAGCGUCCAGCUCCUGCUGACAUUUUAUUUCCCGACAUAGCAGCUAAAAUCGGUGAAUCAGAGCGCAGAGAUGCCGGGCAUGAUGGAAAAGGGCUCGGAUUAUUUAGGGAAGGGUCGCUCAAAUGGCACCAAAAGUCCAUCCACAGCCUCUAACGGACAUUUUUCUGACGAAAGUGGCAGCGACGACGAACACGAUGUAGGAAUGCGUGUUGGAGCAGACUACCAGGCCACAAUCCCCGAUUUUGAGCCCGGUGCCACCAAGUACACAGAUAAAGACAGCGGAGGGAUGCUGGUUUGGUCUCCUUAUCACACCAUCAUUGACUCCAAACUUGAUGAAUACAUUGCUAUUGCCAAAGAAAAACAUGGAUACAACGUGGAACAGGCUCUUGGCAUGCUCUUCUGGCACAAACACAAUAUUGAGAAAUCUCUGGCCGACUUGCCAAAUUUCACCCCGUUCCCAGAUGAGUGGACAGUGGAGGACAAAGUGUUGUUUGAACAGGCCUUUAGUUUCCACGGAAAGAGCUUUCACCGCAUCCAGCAGAUGUUACCGGACAAAUCCAUCUCCAGUCUGGUGAAGUACUACUAUUCAUGGAAAAAGACGCGUUCCAGAACAAGUCUGAUGGACAGACAGGCUCGUAAAUUGGCCAAUAGGAGCAACCAGGAUGAGAGUGAUGAGGAGAUAGAGGAUGCCAAUCCCAUUGAAGCCAACGACAGUGACUAUGACCCCAGCAAGGAAGCUAAGAAAGAGAACCAGGCAGAGCCCCCAGUGCCAGGAUCUAAGGUAGCUUUGGGUCGGAGGGAGCAUCAGACCCUGCAGCACCGGCAUCACCAACGCUCCCGCUGUCGUCCCCCCAAAGGCAUGUACCUGACCCAGGAGGAUGUUGUGGCCGUCUCCUGCAGUUCCUCCGCUGCAAACACCCUUCUGCGUCAGCUGGAUAUGGAGCUGGUGUCUCUCAAGAGACAGGUCCAGAACGCCAAACAGAUGAACAGUGGACUGAAACACAUGUUGGAGUCUGGGAUCGAAGACUUCAGACUACCUGAGUCCUUUGCAUAUAUUUGUGUAACUUUAAAAAUCCAUCUGUGUUGUUGUACAGGUGUCAGGAAGUAUGGAAAAGACUUCCAAGCCAUCGCAGACGUAAUCGGUAAUAAAACGGUAGGGCAGGUGAAGAACUUUUUUGUGAACUACAGGCGGCGAUUCAACCUGGAAGAGGUCCUGCAGGAGUGGGAAGCGGAGCAGGGAACCAAAGCUCCCAAUGGAGACAGUGCAACUUUGGGAGAGGAGGGAAAGAACAGCUCAAACACUCCAUCAGGAAAGAGCACAGAUGAAGAGGAUGAUGAGGGUCAAGUCACUUCAUUAGGUGCAUCCCCUGCUGCCUCUUCAUCAUCUUCAGCUCAGACUCCAAUGAUAUCUAGUACCUCCUCCUCUUCCCUCCACCAACCCCCUCCCCUUCUGCGCCCCUCCCUCCCUGCCACACCUUCUCUGCACCGUCAGCCCCCACCACUCCAACAGCAAGCCCGCUUCUUGCAGCCCCGAUCCACGCUGCAGCAGCCCCCGCCUCUCAUCCGUCCCUCCCCAAUGCCACCCCGCCUUAACCCCCGACCUUCUGGUCCCUUGACCCUCAGUGGAAACCCUGCAGGGUCAGGUCUAAGCUCUGCCCAGCAGUGCUCCAGCCUGACUGUCCACCAGUCGGACACAACCUCAUCUUCCUCUAUCCACUAACAAAUACACACUAUUUUUGUUUAAGAAAUGUCUAAGUCUUAACCUAAAGCUGUCUGAAAGACUGCUGCAUUCAGGUCCUGUGGGAAUAUCUGCUCACAUCCCUCAAAACAUUAACAGUGACUUUCAUUGCUACUGCUAAUAACCAGUUCUUUUAUGACAUAGUGAUAGACAGUCAGGUGAAAACGAAAGUACAAUCUCCUUCAAUUCUUAGGUUUUAAGUAUUGGGAAAAGGGCUGUCAUGAUACUUCAUGACAUCUAGACCUUCAUGUGGCUCUAAAAUGAUUUCAAUAAAACAUUAGAUGAACAACAACAUACACUACCUUCAAAGGUUUGGACACACCUUCUCAUUUAAUUGUUUUUUCUUUAUUUUCAUGACUACUUAGGUUAGAGAACUUAGGUUCUCAAUGAAGGCAUCAAAACUUUGAAGGAACACAUAUAG